AUGUCGUUUUGGCCAAUUUUGUGGCUAAUAUUGUUCAACUCGAACCGAGGUUGGGGGUCGAAGGAUGGUGAAGAUGGCUUCAAAAGUAGGUAAGGAGUGGUGUGGGUGAUUUUGAAUGGUAUUGCAGUAAAUUUUAAUUGAUUUAAGCUUAAGUUUUAAAAUUUUAAAACUUUGUAGUUUAAAAAACUUAUUUUUUGUUUCAAAAACGACUAAAAUUUCAGAAAAACAGAAGUUUGAGAGCUUAAAGCCGUUUUUUUCGAUUUUCGAAGCGAAUUCCUAAAUUUAAGUGCGUUUCUUAAUAAAAUAAGAUAGCCAAAAUCAUGUAAAAUGUAAUUUUAAGUAUUAAACAACAAAAAUGUUUUAGGUUCAAUGAGAUCCUUAGCUUAUUUUGGCUUAUUUGUGUCAAUUUUCAGGCAUUUUUUGAGUUAUUCAGAAGUUUAAAGCUAAUUUUUGAAAAUUUAACUAGGUUUUCGUUAACGUAAAAUAGUCAAUUGUAUGUAAAAUGUAAUAAUAGGUAUCAAACAACAAGAGUUCUUUAGCUUCGAGUAGAUUUUUAGCUUAUUUCGGCUCAUUUUGACUAAUUUUCCGCCAUUUUUUUGGUCCUAAACCAAUCUGAAACUAAUUUUUAAAAAUUUUAAAAAUCCACAUUUUUCAAAUCUACUUUUCAAUCAUAACCAAGUCCAUAAUCUUUCAAUAAAACAAUAUUUUUCCCUUCUAUAACAACUACUUUUCCAGCCCCACCCUGCCAAACAUUAUAUUAUUCAUCACGGACGAUCAGGACUCUCUUCUCGGAUCGAUGGAAUUUAUGCCAAGAACCUUGAAAUUUCUAAGAAAACGUGGAGCUGAGUUUGAAAAUGCCUUCGUUUCGACUCCAAUGUGUUGUCCUAGUAGGACAACAAUUUUGACUGGGCUUUAUGCACAUAAUCAUAAUGUCAUGACUAAUAAUCUGAACUGCGCUGGAUUGGAGUGGAGGUAGGAAAUUUGGGUACAACCAUUUAAAGAGAAUAGAGCUUUUACGGCAAUUUAAAAAAAAUGUUUUAAAAAUAAUGUUUUGAUGUUCGUAAAGUCGAAUGUUUUCGUUUUCAAAAAUCGUUUUGAGUCUCACCACGAAAACAUGAUUUUUUUCAGAAUUUGUCUUUAACACGUAAAAUAUUACUAAUGUGAUAAUGCUUUUUAACAUGGCAUACAUAGUUAAGCUAAAAAUCAUAAUUUUUUCUUUUAUAAAACAGGUUUUAGGUCUCACAACGAAAACCUGAUUUUUUAGAAAUUAGUUUUAAAAAGGCAAAAUGCUACUAAUUUCACAUACCUUGAUUCUAUGAGGUAUCUAACUAUCCUAUUAACCACCUUUUCAGAUCAAAAUUCGAAAAAUCCACCUUUGGAGUUCACCUUCGUAACGCUGGUUACCAAACCGCUUACUUUGGUAAAUACCUAAACGAAUACGAUGGGUCGUAUGUUCCACCAAGUUGGGAAGAGUGGGUAGGGUUGAUAAGAAACAGUCGGUUCUACAAUUACACUGUCAAUCGAAACGGAGUAAAAGAGAAACAUGGAUUCGACUACUACGAUGAUUACUUUACUGAUCUCAUUACAAAUGGCACUUUGGAAUUGUUGAAAAAGAGGGAAGUAAAAAGGGAAAAUCGACCAUUUUUGAUUGUUAUCUCUUAUCCUGCACCACAUGGACCAGAAGACCCGGCUCCACAGUUUUCAGGGAUGUUUGAGGAUAUUGAUACUCAUAGGUAGGGUAAAUUUUUAAAAUUUUGAAAUUUUAAAAUUUAAAUUUUUUAAAAUUAAAAAAUUUUUUUUUGUAAAAUACGUUUUUUACCCACUGAAUUUCAGAACAGCAUCAUGGAACUACGCUCCAAACCCAGACAAACAGUGGAUUCUGCAAAGGACUGGCAAGAUGGAACCGACUCAUGUCUUCUUUACUGAUCUUCUACAUCGUCGACGUCUACAAACGCUGCAGAGUGUUGAUGACAGUGUUCAUCAGGUACGGUAAAUUAAUUCUUUGUGUUAUAGAAAAGUAAAAUACGGUCUUGAAAUUAAAUAGUUUGUUUUAACGAUAAGGCUUUCACGUUUGAUUCUGUUUUAGAUGCAAGUAAAAUCUUUCGUUGCGGGACCUGAACAGCGUCUAUAGGACAUUGAUUUAAGCCAGGGUUUUGGGCAUCCUUUUGCGGGCUGGGCUCGGCCCUUUUUUAUUUUUACCGUUUGGUUCAGGCUUAGUGGUCUCGGGCCUAGUUGGCUUCUUUUCAAGUCUAAUUGGCGCUGACCUAGUGGGCUCUUUUUCAGGCUUAAUUACUAUACUGAAGGCAUCGAGUUUUGACUCCCCCCCCCCUUUUCAUCUGACUAUAUGCCCAUGUCUUUGAUAAAAGCAAAACAUAUGAUAAUUACAAUCUUUUUAUAGCUUAUUUUAGAUAAUGAACUACCUCCGAUCAACAAAUCAGCUUCAGAAUACUUACACUAUGUACACAAGUGAUCAUGGUUAUCAUUUAGGCCAAUUUGGUUUGAUCAAAGGCAAAAGUAUGCCAUAUGAAUUUGACAUAAAAGUGCCGUUCUUCAUCAGAGGACCUAAUAUUCACAAGGGCAUUAUGUAAGUAUUUAUAUUACAAAUUAUUGAACCUACUGACUUUAUACCGUAAUAUUUUUGUUAAAAUAUUUUUAUAGUAUUAAAGCUUUAUAUCACGUAUUUUACAAAAAAAAUAAAAAUUUUUCAGCAAAAAAGAACCAGUUCUGAACAUUGACAUAGCUCCGACGAUAUUACACAUGGCCAAUGUUACAGUACCUUCAGAUAUGAAUGGAGAAUCAAUUCUGAAAACUUUUGAUAAUGAGUUUAAAUGGCGGGAAACCGUGCUUAUUGAAAGGGGGUAAGAGCAGUUUUAAUGAGCAUAUAAACUUUUUUCUUCAGGAUAAAGUAUAUCUGGCUUUCAAGCCGGGCUGGGCUGAGUCUUGAGUCCGCUAUGUUUAGAUUUUUUGUAGCCCGGCUUGGCUUGGAAGCCAGGUCUAGCGGAGGACUUUGGCUAGUAUAACUUUUUAAACUUUUAGGAAAAUGCCAAGACUAAAGAAGGUUGGAGAACGAUUGAAAAAGCAAAAGGAACGUUUCAACAAAUAUUUACUUUUGUCGCGACAAUGCUCUAAAGCUAAAUAUUCUGCACCGUGCAAACCUAAACAGGUAAGUUUAUAUAUAAAUAAUAGUAAUUAUGAAGUACGUGCAGACUAUUGUAAGAUUAAGGUACACACACAGAAGAGUAAAGUAGGUAGGUAGGUAAAGGACAGGGCAAGGUAGUACAGGGUAGGGUAGAGUAGGGUAAGGUAUUGUAGGGUGGGGUAGGAUAGGAUAGUGUAGGUAAGGUAAGACAAGAUAUUGUAAGGUAGGGUUGUUACAAGCUACUUAACAUUUUUUAUGUAACUCUAUAUUAAUAUGUAUAUUCCUUUAGGAAUGGGUAUGCCUUCGAAAUUCCGUAAACCGUUGGCGUAUUGUCAAAUGUCGGCAAAGUAAACAGAACAAGCAGUGUAAAUGUCGGGAAAAGCGUGACAUAUCAUCUUUUCAAUUAACAAAUAUUCUUCCUGAAGACAUAAGCAAGCAUUCAGAAUCCCAGCUACACAAAUGGGAAGACCAAUUCUUGGCAGAAGCGUUUGAAGAACUUUUGGCGGAAUCUGGAGAAUGGUACCAAGGGAUUCUGGAGGUACCAGAUAAAGAUGAAGUUAGUAAUAUAGAAUUAAAGACAUCAGAUAGGUCUAGUCAACGUAAACGACGACAACUUAAUGAGAUCAAACUAGAAAUCAUUGAUGGAGAUACCAACGAUCAUGUCAAUCAUAAUGAUGACUUUGAUGCCAAUGGUAAUAUACAAAAAUUAAACGUUGGUAUAGAUAAUGGUGAAAAUAUUGAAAACGGUUACAUGGGUAAGAUUAAUCAUCAAGUAGGGAAUAAUGCUCGUACUUUACCAAAAGAUGAAGACGAAAUAGACAGAUUGUGUGUAUUCAAAGCUAGGAAAUGGUGUGAUUUGCCUAGAAAUAUUACUCGCAAACUAUGGAAUAAACGGAAGAACCGUGUGGACAUGAAAAUACAGAAACUGAAGGAUCGUAUCUUGGCUGUUAAGGUAUGUACUUUAAUUAAUAUAAAUAUAAAUAUUACUUUAGGACCUUCGAAAAGCUUUACGACAGAACAAACCUUCUCUCGGCGAAGCAUACGAUGGGUUGGUAGAAAUGGAUACUGUAGAAAAAUGUGAUUGUAAUCAAGGAUCCAAACACCCUUUACGGUAAACAAAUUUUAUGUAAAAUAUGAGUGAUACUCAAAUUGAUUUGUUAUAUUAUAUAUAAUUUUAUAGUUAAAAUGUAAAUUCAACUAGCCAAUAAAAUGACUAUAUAAAGAUCGUCGAUUCAACAUAUUUUACAAAACCUUAACUUCAGAACUUCCUUUUUGUCUUCAAACAGAACAUCAAAAAAUUGCACCGUGCUUCAGAUGAAUUGCUUCGAACACUCGGAUUCACAUUGGAAGACGGAGCCCAAAUGGCCGUCCGAGUUGGGAUCGUUUUGUUUUUGCCAGAAUUCGAAUAACAAUACUUAUUGGUGUCUACGAACCGUUAACUCGACUCACAACUUUUUGUAUUGCGAGUUUGUCACUGGGUUCUUGAGCUUUUACGAUCUGAACGUGGAUCCUAAUCAAGUGAGUUAUUGGUGAUUAAACGCUGAGUUUUCAAGGGUUCCGGAGACGGCUUUGGCUCUAGAAUAUUCUUUCCGGGUAACUCUCGUUCCGUGAUAGCUCCGGCUUUGAGGUAGCUCCGGCCCAGGGUAUCUUAGGGUCUGUUGUAGGUGCGGGUUUAAGGUAGCUUUGACUGCGGAAUAGCUCCUGCUCAGAAGUACCUCUGGCUCUGGGGUAGUUUCCAGGAAAGUAGCUCUUGCGAUACGUUAGCUCUGGUUCUGGACGGCUUGGGCUUUGGGAUAACUUUGGUUCUCUGCGGUAACUUCGGUUCCAGGGUAGCGUCGGCUCUGUUGGAGGUCUUGCUUUGGAUAGCCAAGAAAAAAGGUUCGAGUUAGUUCUAGUUCAAGGAUAAUUUUGGUCUCAAGGUAGUUCUUGCUCCGGGAUAGCUCCGUCUUUAGGAUCUAGAGCAUCUAGGGCUCCAAAGAAUGAUUGUUACAAAUGACAUAUUUUAGCUAACAAACAACAUUUUUGAAGUGGAACCAGAUCGAUUGGCUCAACUCAACGAUCAACUUAUGAACUUAAAAUCAUGUACGAAUAACAAAGACUGUGAGCACUACAGCAGCUUAAACUGGUAUAACAGAAUAACCGGGACAAUGAACGAUACUCUUAUUGAUAACGAUAGAAUUACUUGA